GACGGUCAGACUGUCAGACAACAGAACCUCAUAUUGAGAAAUGGCAGAUGAAGGAAAGCAAGCGGAAAAUAAUAUUAUUAAACCGAUCUUUUGCGAAUUAUCCGCCAACGAGCUAGAGCCGGAAAUUACGGAGAUCGAGAGUUUAUGCACGGAUUGCGGCAGAAAUGGGCUCACCAGGCUGUUGCUCACAAAAAUUCCACAUUACAAGGAUAUAGUGCUCAUGUCCUUCGAUUGCAAUCACUGUGGCUAUCAGAAUAACGAGAUACAAAAUGCUGGCAAAAUCGGGAAGAAGGGAAUCAAAAUAACGUUGCAGGUCUCAUCGCCGCAAGAUCUAAAUCGUCAAGUGGUUAAGUCUGACUACACCAGCAUUUCCAUUCCCCACAUAGAUUUCGAAAUUCCUGCGCGUUCCCAAAAAGGGAAAAUUACCACGGUGGAAGGUAUAAUAGACAGAAGUAUCACUGCAUUGGAGCAAGAUCAACCAAAGCGCCGAGAAGAAUUUCCAGAUAUUGCGGUUGCGAUAGAUUUAUUUAUUUGUAAAUUACGCACAUUAAAGAUAUUAGACGAGCCAUUCGCCAUCAUUUUUCAAGAUAUAUCAGGAAAUAGCCAUGUGGAGAAUCCAAAAGCACCGCUCAAGGACAAUGAAUGCACUGUAAUAUAUUUUAAGAGAACGGAAGAACAAAAUCACAUGUUAGGAAUUUAUUCUGACAAUGAAGAUGCUUUGCUCAAGCCAAUACAAGAAGGUGAAUACUCCCUGGAACAAUUUGAAGGCGAAGUGAUGACUUUUCCUACCAAUUGCCCAGACUGCAACAGUCCUUGCGAAACAAAUAUGAAACUGACGAACAUACCACAUUUCAAGGAAGUUGUUAUAAUGGCCACACUUUGUGAAUAUUGCGGUCACAGAACUAAUGAAGUGAAAAGCGGCAGUGGGAUUGAGGAUCAAGGAGUCAGAAUCGAAGUAACGGUCACGGGUAAAGAAGACUUUGGUCGCGAUUUGCUAAAGUCCGAGACUUGUGACAUGGAAAUACCUGAACUCGAACUGGAGGUUGGCCCGGCGACUUUGGGCGGUCGUUUCACGACUGUCGAAGGUAUCAUAGCAGCAAUGAAAGAACAGCUGUCUACGUCCACGGCUUUCACCGGAGACACCAGCGAUCCAGAGACCGUGAAAAGGAUGGACAUUUUUAUCGUACAGCUGGAACAAGUUCUCAAUGGUCAAAAAAAGAUCACUCUAAUUUUGAACGACCCAGCUGGCAACAGCUACGUGCAAAGCCUCUCUGAUGACGGACCUGACGAUAGACUAAAGAUCACCAAGUAUGACAGAAGCUUCGAGCAAAAUGAAGAACUUGGGCUCAACGACAUGAAAGUCGACGAUUAUUAAGUUUUUAUUGAAAAAGAUGAACAAAUAUCGGAAGUACUACUCAGUCAAAGUACAAAAGAGACAAUGAUGGGUAGAUGUUGAAACGAAUGAUUUCAUUGUAUGAAAUUUCUAUCAUUGCUGAUAUGGCGGGUUUUAUUGUUGCACUUUCUCAUGUAAAAAUAUAAAUUUUUAAUAUUUUCAAAAAUCGAA